AUGGUCGCGAGAAAGAAAGACGAGCGGAGACAGAAGGAGAAGAAGGAUGAGGUGCGGAGCAUCAAGCGGAAGCACGAGGUGAUCGCUCAGCAAGAUCUUGCACUAAAUGAGACACACUCUAAUCGGGCCACUUACAGACGGAAAAGGUCGGCGUCUCCAAAUUGGGUAGUUAUCACGAGAUGAUGAAGAGAAACAGGCGAGAGAAUCGGCUCGCGCAGAUGAUGCCCUUGACGGAGCAGGCGAUCGUCGAGAUACUCGGAAGGCCCGUGAAGGGAUCUCCUCUCUACCCGGAGACCAACAACAAGCUCGUCAAACUCACCGUUCUGGAACUGGCCGAUGACCUGCAAAUCCCUGUUCUUGACCUUUAA